AUGAAGCCACCAUUCUCACCACCUUCUUCUUCUUCCUCUCUUCUGAGUCUGAGAGGCAAGGGUCUCUAUGGCGAAGAUUUCAUGUGCAUCUUUGGUGAACAACUCCAACUUUAUUCCACUGCCGACACAUUUUUCGCUUCUUCUUCCUCUUCCUCUUCUUUCUCCUCGCAGAGGGUGAAGAGGGAGCGGAAACUGCCGUUUGCGGUGGGAAAGACGGAGGAAGGAUGCGACGUGUUCAGCGGACGGUGGGUGAGGGACGAGACGAGGCCGUUGUACGAGGAAGCGGACUGUCCGUACAUACAGCCUCAGCUGACGUGUCAGGAGCACGGUCGACCCGACACCGGCUACCGGCAAUGGAGGUGGCAACCUCACGGUUGCGAUCUUCCCAAAUUCAAUGCGAGCAUGAUGCUUGAGACACUUCGAGGGAAGAGGAUGAUGUUUGUGGGAGACUCCCUGAAUCGUGGUCAAUUUGUUUCUUUUGUUUGCCUUCUCCAUCACCUCAUUCCUCCUCAUCAAAAGUCCAUGCAAACCUUUGAUCAUGAUUCACUCACUGUCUUCACAGCCAAGGAAUAUAAUGCGACAAUUGAGUUCUAUUGGGCACCAUUUCUUCUUGAAUCAAACUCAGACAACGCAGUGGUUCAUAGGAUAUCAGAUAGGGUAGUGAGAAAGGGUUCAAUCAACAAGCAUGGUCAACAUUGGAAAAACGUUGACAUUAUGGUGUUCAACACUUAUCUUUGGUGGAUGACUGGCUUGAAGAUGAAGAUCUUGCUUGGAUCUUUUGAUGAUGAAGUGAAAGAGAUAGUGGAGGUAUCAACAGAAGAUGCUUAUCGUAUGGGUAUGAAAAGCAUGCUUAGAUGGGUGAAGUUGAAUAUGGACCCCAAGAAAACUAGAGUCUUCUUCACCAGCAUGUCACCUUCUCAUCAAAAAAGUAUAGAUUGGGGAGGUGAAGCAGGAAAGAAUUGCUAUAAUGAAACAAGUAUGAUUGAAGAUCCAAAUUAUUGGGGCUCAGAUUCUAGGAAGAGCAUAAUGCAAGUGAUUGGAGAAGUGUUCAAAAAAUCCAAAGUUCCCAUAACAUUACUUAACAUAACACAGCUAUCUAGUUACAGAAAAGAUGCACACACUUCAAUAUACAAGAAGCAAUGGAGCCCCUUGACAGCAGAACAAUUAGCAAACCCUGUUAGCUAUGCUGAUUGUGUUCAUUGGUGUUUGCCUGGCCUUCAAGACACUUGGAAUGAGCUUUUGUUUGCAAAGUUAUUCUAUCCUUAAAAAAAAAAGGGUUUUGAUUUUGAAUACUGUUGUUUGCUUUUGUAUCAUUGCUUAAAUUGUAUAUUAACAAUGUUAGUUAUUUUGCGUCCUGAAAGAAGAAAAAUUCAUUCAUCCACUUUUUGUACUCCUAAGUUUAAAAGAUGACUAAGAGGAUGUCAACUUUUGGUGUGCAGAAAGAUAUUUUUUAAUGGAGAAUAGUAAAUAUAUAAUUUUUU